CCCCUUUCUCCUCCCUAUUUAUACUUGUGCUCCUGUACCAUUUAUGGCAUCUCUACAUCUUUCACUCUAUACACUAUGCAUACAAAGCAAUACUAACCCAUCUCAUAUAUAUUAUCCUUUUCUUCUUCUUCUUCUUCUUCUUCUUCUUCUUAUUCUUGUUUGAACAUUAGCAGUAUUGUUUCUGAUUUAACUUACAUCAUCAAUGGCAGUUUCAGGGUUCGAAGGAUUCGAAAAAAGGCUCGAAUUACACUUCUCCGGCGAUGAUCCGCUGAUCGGAAAUAUGGGUCUUCGUUUGCUGGAUUUUGACUCAAUUGAGAAAGUAUUGCAUGCAGUGCAAUGUACAGUAGUAUCAGCAGUUGGCAACCAAUAUUUUGACUCUUAUGUACUCUCAGAAUCAAGCCUAUUUGUGUACCCAACGAAGAUCAUCAUCAAAACAUGUGGGACUACCCAGCUUUUGAAAUCCAUCUGUCCAUUGAUCCAUCAUGCUUUUACCUUGGGCCUCAUGAUCUGUUCAUGUAGGUACACCAGAGGAAAUUUCAUCUUUCCUAAAGCACAGCCCUAUCCUCAUACCAGUUUUAAAGAAGAAAUCAUUUUCUUGGAGAAUAAUUUGCCUAACAAUCUUUAUUACAGAAAGGCGUCUGUUUUGCCUUCUAAAUUGUCUUCUCAUUCAUGGCAUGUGUUUUCUGCAUGUGAUGAAUCUCACAUUUUGAUGCAAAACAUGCCUGAUGAGCUAUACACUGUUGAGGUUUGCAUGACUGAGCUUGAUAGGAUUUCAGCCGGAAAGUUUUUCCGGCGUCCGAGCGACGGAAAAAAUGGGGACUCAGCCGGGAUGGAGAUGACUGAGAUAACAGGAAUAGGUGAUAUUAACCCUAAUGCUCUUAUAUGUGACUUUGCAUUUGACCCAUGUGGAUAUUCCAUGAAUGGUAUUGCCGGCGAUCGUUAUUCUACGAUCCAUGUUACGCCGGAGGACGGAUUUAGUUACGCAAGCUUUGAGUGCAUGGGAUCUAUUUAUGAUGAUCCUAUUGACAUUGUCGAGAUGUUGAAGAAGGCGGUUCAAGUUUUUCGACCAGGGACAGUUUCAGUGUCCAUGACCUCCAACAAUCACAAAGUUUGGAAGUGCGUAGCAAAAGCAAUUGAGUCACUUGGAAUGAAAUUCCGAAGUUGCACAAUGGAUGAGUUUCCGGCCACUGGGAGCGUCAUGUUUCAUACAUUUACAACUCGUCGAAAGUAAGCCGGCUAAGAAUGGGCGGCCACAACGGUGGUUGUACAAUGCAUGGAUGCUGUGUGGUGGUGGUAGGUGUGCACGAGGUUUAAAAGAGAGAAGGAAAAAAAGUGGGAUAAUUAAUGAG